AUGAAGUUGAUCAUCGUAACUGCUCUAAUUGGAGCGUGGACAAACUAUGUGGUCGGGGAAGCGCUGAUCACUCGCGAGGUGGUAACCAAUCUCCCGACGGGUUGGAUGCUUGGGAAACCAGCGAAACCGGAAGAGCCUAUACAAUUGACCAUCGCGCUCAAGCAGCCCAGAAUCAACGAACUAAAAGCACGUCUCGAUCGUAUUAGUGACCCGCGGCACGCCGAAUACGGGCACCAUCUCACGAGGGACGAGGUUAGAGCCUACCAAGCACCCGAUCAGAAGGCCCUGAACUUGGUCCACUCCUGGCUCAAGUCAAACAGGAUUACCAAUAUAACUGACGAAGGCUCGAUGGUGAAAUUUACCUCAACUGCUGCGGAAGUGAAUAGGAUCCUUCGCACCAACCUGGGCUAUUAUGCCUUUCGAGACUCUUCACCAUUCAUGCGUGCGCAAUCAUAUGCACUACCUCGGAUACUUGAUGGGAACAUUGAGUUUGUACAUCCAAUCUCCAACUUCAUGUCGCCACCUCAGUCCAGGCUUAAACACCGCCCUUUCCGAAAAGCCGCCUUCAAAGCAAGUGACGACGAGCAGCCUUGUCUGUCAGGUGUCACGCCAGCAUGUCUCAAGAAGCUGUACAACAUAACAUACGCCAACACCACAACGCCCACAGAGUCACCUGUCCGGUUUGGAAUAGCCGGUUUCCUUGAGCAGUGGAUUAAAUACGACGACGUUUCCGAAUUCCUUGGAAGGUACUCACCGGAGCUGGGACCACUCAAUUACAACUUUACAGUGGUUACGCUAAAUAACGGCACGAAUCCCCAACCCAACGAGCCAGAAUCGAGAGCGGGACUAGAGGCCAGCUUGGAUGUAGAAUAUGCCAUGGCUCUUUCUUACCCUGCGAAUGUGAUUUAUUACUCAACAGGGGGACGAGGGGAGAAGAUCGAUCGCGAAGGGAAAGUAAUGCCGUCAAAUAGGAGCGACAACGAGCCAUACCUUGAAUUCUUCCAGUAUCUUCUCGAACUUGAGGAUGAUAAGAUACCUCAUGUAAUGAGUAUCUCAUAUGCCGAUGAUGAGCAGUCGGUGCCAGCUCCGUAUGCUACUCGUGUGUGUGAUCUUCUAGCUCUUGUUGCGGCUCGCGGCAUUACAGUCCUGUCUGGCUCCGGCGAUGGGGGCGCCGGCGGUAUUGGACAGAACCAGUGCUACAGUAACGAUGGCAGAAGGCGUAGAAUAUUCCUUCCGACAUUCCCGGCAAGUUGCCCGUACGUGACGGCGGUGGGCGCAACAGGGAAUAAUCUGCCUCUAGAGGGAGCCGACUUUAGUACCGGUGGCUUCAGCAACUACUUCGUCAGGCCAGAGUGGCAGAAGGGCGCGGUGGAUCAGUACAUAUCUGCCCUCAAUGGGUCCCACAAAGAACUAUACGACGCGUCUGGUCGUGCGUUUCCAGAUAUCAGUGCCACGGGUACAAACUACGUUAUCCAAGUAGGGGGUUACCAGACCGACGUGCUCGGGACGAGUGCCAGUACGCCAGUCGUGGCGGCUUUAGUGGCGCUGAUUAACGAUUCGAGAAUGAAAGCGGGGAAGAAUAGCACCGGAUGGCUGAAUCCAGCGCUCUAUUCGCAGCCUGUCAGGGAAGCGUUACAUGAUAUCACGACAGGCGUCAGUCAGAGCUGUGUGUUUGGCGAUGCUAAGGAGCCUGGAUGGGAGAGUCUAGAAGGAUAUGACUGUGUAACUGGUCUUGGAUCCUUUUAUGAGCCAUUGUCACGCGAUGACUUCUUUACGCGUUUCUUAGAGACAACCCCUUUCGAAUUCGCAACCCGCAUGACGAUACUCCAGGUCACGCCUACCUCUUCGGAAUUCCUCCAAAACGUCGCCGACUCCCUCGGGAAAGCUAAACGAGUUGUCGUAAUUACUGGUGCUGGCAUAAGUACUAAUUCUGGUAUUCCGGAUUUUCGCUCAGAAAACGGGCUCUAUUCACUCAUUCAGGCCCAAUUUGAACGAGCAGAGGCCGGCAAUGGUAAAGUUGGCGAAGGGCAGGCUGUUGACUUUGCUAUAAACGGACGCCCAACGAAAAGAAGGAGAAUAUCACAUACGAUUGAAAGGAUAACGGAGCAGCGUGGGCCUACCCGAGCGCCCGAUGUCUCAGACAGCCGCGGAGGCCAGGUCCAAGCAAAGACGCUAGAUAACGGCGCUCGGGGGAAUGUGGAAACUUCUAUUCGAUUUCCGAGAGAUAACCUUGUCAAAAAAGAAGCAGUGGCUUCCGACACAUCGUUACAGCGUCUUACUAGGUCACAAACUGGAUUACGGCCGCCAUUAACUCGACUCGCCUCACAAUAUUCUAUGCAAUCGUCUGCAUCUCAGGAGUCAUUAUUUACGAGCUCUCGACUUUCAGAAAGCUCAGCUAUUUUGGGCAAAGCAUUUAGCUCAUCUCCUCUUUCUUCGCCGCCGCCUAUUCUAUUUGACCCCUACGAAAAUGUAAAUUCAUCUACUGAUGGUAGUUCCCGAGAAAGUGCAGAAAAUUCCGAGGUCUCUGAUACGGAAGACACGCAUAAUUCCUUGGACCUUCUGUCUUCCCAAACCUCGAAUUCCAGCCUGCGUAAUAUGAAAGGUCGAGAUUUAUUCGACUGUAAUAUAUGGGCAGAUCCGCUAAAAACAUCCGUAUUCUAUCGAUUUGCUACGACGCUACGGCAAAGGGUCAAGGAAGUCGAGCCAACCACAACUCACCGAUUUAUUGCACAACUCCGCGACGUCGGGAAGCUUGCAAGAGUAUAUACCCAGAAUAUCGACGAAAUUGAGAAGAAAAUCGGUCUUUCUACAGACCUGAAAAGCGGUGCAGGUAACCGAAGGAGGAAGUCUGCUAAACAACAACUAGCAGAUUGGGAAAAAGAUUACAAGGAGAACUUGGAGGCGCCAAAGGACGAGGACGAUCCUAGUACGGAAAUCGUACAAGCCUCACAGUGUUCUGAGACUUCUGGCCGAAACAAUACCCGUUCUAUCCUAGCACAGGACAGAGGCGUCGAAUGUGUGUUUCUCCAUGGCUCUUUGCAUGCUCUCCGCUGCUUUGUAUGUGGGAAACUCUGCGACUGGGAUGAAGAUGGCCGGGAAUCUUGCACAUUGUCGGGUGAACAGCCCGAAUGUCCCCAUUGCGCAGGGGCAACCGCCGCACGCCAGGAAAAGGGAAAGAGGGCUCUAGGCAUCGGCAAGCUUAGGCCAGAUAUCGUCCUCUAUGGAGAAGAGCAUCCGCAGUCCGACCUAAUAUCUCCCAUUGUGCAGCAUGAUCUUUCCGUUGGUCCCGAUCUCCUCUUAAUAUUAGGGACUAGUCUUAGGGUACACGGUCUAAAGGUGAUGGUCAAAGAAUUUGCUAAAGCUGUGCAUAACAAGGGUGGCAAGGUCAUCUUUAUCAACCUGACGAGGCCAUCUGAUAGUGUCUGGGGCGACAUCAUCGAUUACUGGAUCGACUGGGAUUGUGAUGCUUGGGUUGACGAUUUAAAAGGUAGAAAGCCGCACCUAUGGUUAUCUCCCGACGAGAUUUUGCAAUCCGAAAAACAAAAACGCGAUGCUUUAGCCGAGAAGAAGAGAGAGACGGUAUCGAAGAAGCGCGAAAGCUUGGGUGAGAAGAGGCGCCACACUAUCGAAUUUACCAAACCUCGGCCACCUCCAAAAAAUCCUUCUUCUAUGAGAAAUGAUUAUCAAUGCGGCGCAUAUGUAGUUUGGGAGAUCUUCCAAACUUUGGCUAAGAUUGGUGGCCGUCCUUUCGAUAAUCUUGGAUACACACCUCCUUAUCGACCUCUGUCGGUUGCCCCCCCUCCUAUUCCAAACCCCGCUUCCGUAGCUCAGUCUACCACACGGGCAACCAAGACAAAGAGAUCGAGGAAGUCUGCACCAGCAGCCUUGGUCGCCUCGGUCGCCUCGACUGAACUGGGGACCGGCCCACAGACAAAGUCUGAACUUCCUGCCAGAGCUAAAUUCUUGGCUAAUUGCAAUAGCCGGAAGCAAUACGCAAAGGCUGCCCAAGAGCUCGCGCGCUCUGGUAAAUCCCCUACCCCGGUUAGAUUGGCAGAAUUAAACCGCAGCGCAACGCCCUAUGAAAAUAGCAUGACGCCUCCGUAUAAUCCGCCCAGUUCUAUCACCGCUGCUGUCAAGCUCCAUCCUCGUCGGCGGAAACGAAAGAUGAUUGAAGGGAUUCCGGUCGGUCUAACGGUUUCGAGGGUUAAGAAACCCGCGCGUCCGCCUCCCACGCCAGGCCAAGACCACAAAGAAAAAACUAGUGUUGAAACUGGAUUAGUUUCUCCGACAACCUGUAGGUCGUUCCCUCCGAAAGGCCCGAUUUUACCUCCUUUCCACCCUGGGUGGGAGCGUUCUCCUCCCGCAAGAAUAAAGCCUCUGGAACCGAGUUUGAACGUGUCACCGCGGAGUCCGCUAUCUGACCUGCCACCAAUAGCGCGACCCCAAAUUUUUGCCAUAAGACAUGCGUCACGCCCUAUGUUAUUUAGUGACCCGCUUGUCAAAUUACGAUACGAGACAACGAAUUAUAGGAAACCGGCCAAGGAAUCCAGCGUAGGUGCUUGCGAUAAGCCACCUAGCCCGUCAGACCAGCUUCGAUGGGAAUUGGCCCAGCAGGAAGCCAUCGAAGGAGCCCAGGUACUCGAAGGACUAAAAUAUUCGAGAUAA